CAGCUUUCUCCAGUACUGCAUGCUUGCUACACUCGGAUUGCAUUGUGGGAAGAGCUGGCUGUGUUCUUAAAGUUAAAGCAAACAAAUUGUCUGCUGACUUCUUUUAGGUAUGUGAUUUUGCAUAUAUAUAUAUAUAGCUUUAAUGCUACUUGCCCGACUAAGAGAAUUGAUGUUUGUUUUUAGAAAGUUACACAGUUCACAGUAACAGUAAAGGUUAUACUGUAAAAGCUAAUCUCCCAGUGAGACUCAUUUCCUGUAAUUAAAUCCCUCGGUCAGUGAUCAGGCAUGUUCUAUAUAUACUUACAGUGACCUCCUGCAUUUACACUUCUCUUAAUUUCAGCUCUGUAACAGUGUGACUCCUUGUGUAGUUGGCGUACUAUAAAAAUAAUAACAGGCAGAACAUGUUUCGUAGUCAUUUUGUUAUUUAUAAAGCACCAACAUAUUCAGGAGUGCUGUACAACAGGUGAAAUUACAAACCAAGAAUUUGUUAGGCAACACAUAGCAAAAGUGUUCGAAAGGCCCCGAUUACCUUUCGCAAGUAAUUGAGGAAAAAUAUUGGUCAUGAAAGGGUUAAUGAAUAACAAAAGAAGAGUGACUGUCAGUAAAUUGGCCGACUGGUAAGUUCAAAACUUUGAAACAUUCUAUUUUCAAUAAUAAAAAAAAAAAUAUAUAUAUAUAUAUAUAUAUAUAUAUAAAUUUUUUUUAAAGUACGUGCCCUUUUGUCAUCUCAUCAAGUGCAAUGUCUUUUUGCAUUGUUCGGCGUGAUGCUUUUAAAUGUUGAAUUAUAAUCUAUAUAUAGGAAUAAAUGUGGAGAGAGAGAGAGAGAGAGAUUAAUAUCUACAUUUUAUUUGAAAGUCAACAUCGGGAGUGAUCAGGGUUUAGAAUGUUGAGAUAAAAUAACUAUUAGUUUUAACCCAUUUUUGUCUCAGAUAUGGAUUUUGAUGUAAUGAAAAAGCAUUGUUUAGUUAUAACAUAAUAGAUGCAUUUAAUCAUUUAAGCAGAAUGCAGUACAUACUGUUGCUUGCUAUGGAUAGAGUCCGUUAUGACACAUUAGUUACUUCAGUCUGAAUUAUACCAUAGCGGAAGAUGGACUUUGUCCCCGGGCUGUAUAACCAGUCUGAUGAACUGGGAUUUCUGAAUUGUUAGCAUUUCACUUGUCAAAAGUGCUAUUUAUCCUUCGAGGAAAGUGAUAAUAUUUUACCAGGGGCAUUGGAAACCUAACGCUUUUCUUGCAGACAUAAUGCAGAUAUUGCUGCGAGAAAGAGGAGAAAAUAUUUUUUUCCAAUUUGGAAUUUUGCCUGGUUUUUCCUCAGAGCUAGCUUGCGGUGCUGGGGACGACUCUUAGAAAAUUGUAAACUUCUAACAAGAAAAGUAAGGAUAUUAAAAGGGGAGGCAUGACACAUAUAAAAUGCUGUAAUCUGGUAUUUUAUUUAAAGGGUAGAAAUAGUUGUGAAGACAAAAUACAGAUAAAGCCAAGUUAUAACAGUGUGUGUGUGUGUGUUUGUGUGUGUGUUUGUUUGCGUGUGUGUGUGUUUAUAUUAGUGUUGUAAUAGAGAUUAUAGCCAUAUUAGUUCAGUAAAUAAAGAUGAUGUUUAAAAACAGAUACAAUUAGUAUCUUGUAAUACAUUUUUUACCAGAAAAAUUGAAUUUUGGAACGGCAAGUAUUUGGGAAUUCAUUCCUUUAUCAAAAUGCUUUAGACUUAUAAAUUGUAAGAGUGCUGCUACGGCCAAGUUUUAAUACAAUAUACAAGAUCCAGCACAUUUGGGAUUUAGUUACAGUAUAUGGUCAUAUAUUGCAAUAAGUGUGCCAUAACGUCAACUUAAAGCAGCCAUAGAAAAAAUCCUAUACCUGCAUAGUGCGCAGAUAUAGAGGAGGAAAAGAUGACUUUAAAUGGAAAACUGAAAACUAUUACUCCAACGUGAAAUAAAGCACUCAAACAGCUUUAAAAUAAACAAAAGAGCAUAUUUAUUUCAAGCAGACGUGGAUUUGAUCAUGCUCUCCUCCUUCAAACUCUUCAAUCGCUCGGUCUCUGUGACUCUUGUGGUUUUCCUCUUAUCUCCCCCAACGCUCAUUCAGUGUCUCCUUUUCCAAGGAUACCUCCUCCCCUCGUCCUGUCUCGCUUGGAGUCCCCCAAGGCUCUGUCCUUGGUCCCCUUCUAUUUUCUCUUUAUACUGCCUCUCUUGGCAAACGUAUUGCCUCUUUUGGAUUCCACUACCACAGUACGCUGAUGACACCCAAAUAUAUCUCUCCUCCCCAGACCUCUCCGCUGCCGUCCUGCAACGUGUCACUGCUUUCCUUUCUUCCAUCUCUGACUGGAUGUCCUCCCGCUUUCUGAAACUCAAUCUUUCUAAAACUGAGUUCCUUGUCUUUCCUCCUCCUAAUACUGAUCCUCCUCUCUCGCUCUCCCUUCAAGUCAGUGGUAUCCACAUAAGUCCGUCUCCUUGCGCGCUGUCUUGGCGUCAUACUUGACUUUGGUCUCACCUUUGAGCCUCACAUCCAGUUUGUUGCCAAAUCCUGUAGAUUCCAACUUAAAAACAUAGCCUGCAUCCUCCCUUUUCUUACACAAGAUGCUACCAAGGAGCUUGUCCAUGGUUUAGUAAUUUCGUGCAUGGAUUAUUAUAACCCUCUCCAAAUUGGUCUUCCCAAAAGCCGUAUCGCCCCGCUACACUCUGUAAUGAAUGCUGCAGCUAGACUGAUUUUCCUCUCUAGUCGGUCCGCUCACACCUCACCCCUCUGUAAGUCCUUACAUUGGCUUCCUGUAUCCUAUAGGAGUCAAUUCAAAAUGCUAACGCAUACAUAUAAAGCACUGAACAAUUCUAGCCCCUCUUAUAUCUCUUCACAGAUCUAUAGGUAUGCCCCUCCUCGUUCCCUCUGCUCUGCCCAUGACCACUUCCUGACCACUGCUCGCACCCGUACGGCCAACUCAUGCUUGCAGGACUUCUCGAGGGCGGCUCUCUUCCUAUGGAAUAGCCUGCCUACCCCCAUCAGACUCUCCCCUAGUCUUCAAUCCUUUAAGAAGUGCCUUAAAACCCAUCUCUUUAGGAAAGCUUAUGGCCUCCCAGAGUAACCUCUACCUUACACAUCUGUCUCUUGCUCUCUCCUAUAGGGCAGCACUUUACUCUCUCCUCUAGUCCUGCUUCACUCCCACCUUAUUUGAUUGCUAUUUGCUGUCCUAAUGUGUUUUAUACCCCACCUCCUAUAGACUGUAAGUUUGUUUGAGCAGGAUCCUCUUCAACCUAUCGUUGCUGUAAGUUUUCUUAUAACUAUCCUAUUUAUAGUUACAUUCCCCCCACCCCCCAGUUCUUAGAAUAUUGUAAAGCAGUACGGCAUCUGUUGGCGCUAUAUAAAUGGCAAUAAUAAUAAUAAUAAUUUGCAUAUAGUCAAUGUUUCAGUUCAACUACCUUGAUAUAUUAAGGAAAGUUUGGUAAUGAGAUUUAAAUGGGGAAUGUAUAAUGUUGCACAGCUGUGAAAAACAACGUUAUCAUGUUUAUAUUGAAGUCCUAUGAGUGUGCUUUCACUUUGGCCUAGGUCUUUAAAUGUGAUAAUCUUAGCCAAUCCAAUGCUUCCCCAUCUUGCCAUCAGUGCUCUUCCAUGAUUAUAUCAGGCGUCAUCUGCCUGAGGUUAAAAUAAAGAGACACUAUAGGCACCAGACCACUACAUCUCAUUGAAGUUGUCAGGGUGCAGUGUCCCUGUACUCUUAACCCUACGGUGUAAAACACUGUCAUUUUUGAUACCCUAAAAUGUUUACAUUAAAGGGUUAAGACUGUCUCUAGUGGCUAUCAUCGGCCACUUUAUUUGCCACUCGGAGAAGAUGCAACGAAUGGUUUUGUACCAUGGUGUCUUAUAACUAAAUUCUGCCACUGCAAAGCAAUGCACUUUUGCAAGCACAGUGUAAAAUUCAUACAGUACCUGUACCUUCCACUUUGCUCCAGAACAAUUUGUUAUCCUAGAACGAGCAUAGGACACUAUUCUGUUUCUCAGCAUCUUUGCUGAGGAUAUGUAAAUGGUGCCCCCAAAAUACUCUAUGACUAUCUCUAUAGAAUAUAUUUUGAAUGUUCAUUCUAGAAACCAAAAAUCUGUGUGAGCGUAUCCUCUGGAUAUCUGUUACAGAUUGCAAUAGAAGACUGUAGUCCCAAUAGUAAAGAUGCUCGGUGUAACUGUAUUUCUAACCUCUCAGAUACAUACCAUCCAACAAUGGGAAAUGUGGGUAUGUGUUUUGGACAAGGUAGGCGGGUAGUGAGAGUGGGUGUGCUAGUGAUGCAACAGUGACGUAGAAAUCAGCACUUUUAUAAACUGGGGUUAAAUGAGGGUACUGAACUGAAGUGUUUUUGGGGUGUGGAGUGGCCCUUUAAGGUCAACCAAGGAUAGAACACCACUGAAGCACUCUCUCAUGGACCCAAUGCUCUUCGCACAGCAUGCAUGCAUAUGAUUAUGUAUUUGUGUUGUGCUUGCUGGCGACAGUUCCCUGGUGUUGUUGAAUAAGUUGCUGUUUUACUCAACUACACCUGCCAAGUCACACAGCACUACCAGAUUUCCCCUCAGUCCAGAUCAUCCAACAGUCCAGCUCUGUCACCAGGUCCUCUGUCCAAGGAAAGAGCACUAGAAUUGCCUCUUUGACCAUGCUAGUAGUGUAUGUAGAGUAGUAUUUAGAGCAUUUUAUGUCAAUAUAUGAAUCCUAAAGCUAUGCAACGAAAACCUGUAUCCUUACGCACAUGCACACCAGGAUGACCUGUCCUCUUUGAGGACAUUGUCUGUGAUACACAUUCCGGCACUAGACAUGACCAAUCAACAAUCAUGUCCUCAUCCACCUAAUGUCAGACCUGCAAAAGUUGCCAGGCAUGUACAAUGUUAACGAGCUGGCAAUGCUAUGCAUUAGAGGAAGGUAGUGAAAAGGUUGAAUAAAGCUCACUUUUUACUUUCGUAUUGGACCAUUAGAUUCAGGGAUCAUUUCUAACUUAUAUUCUCAAUUAUAAAUUCUUCUAUCCUGGAAUUUUAAGUUUUAACGUUACCUAUAUUAUAAUUUGUAGCAAAUGAUAAAAUGCUGACUUACUUAUAUAGCUGUUAACAUCAUAGCUUUGGUCAUAAACACAUUCAUUUCAAGCCGUAAAAUGUUCCGCUCUGAGAAUGAAGUCCUCUGGCUCAGUUAUAAAGUCUUAUUCCACAUCAUAAACAUUGAUAGCAUGAAUGAACAGUGAAAUAUUGAAGGUGGGCGAUUUCCCAUAGUUCACAAUCUCUGACAUUUGCAAAUUGCAAAUUAAAGUAAAUUCAUCAACAUCAUACAGUGGUAUUAUUUUGAAGAGCACAUUUUAUAUUAAAUAUCCAUCGCCAGUGCUCAUUAUGUGCCAGGAAGUUUAGAACAAUCUUGCUUAAAGCUGGUUAUUUAGUUGAGUUUUCAGAUUUCCUUGAAAUCUCAACAGCUAGAGCAAAUUAUGUUUGUUUUGAUUAAUGAUCGUAUGAAGCUGCAGUUUCAUUUUGUCUAUAUAUUUUAUACCCCAGGGACCAGGGUCAUAUACGCCUAAAAAAAAUGUUUAAAGAAAUAUAUUACUAUAAAAUGAUUAACUUGAUUGUAAAGAAUGCCUUUAAGCUGCUCAAUUGUAUUGCAAGUACCCAUUAUAUUUGUGUGUGUAUGUAUAUGUAUAUACAUAUAUAUAUAUACAUAUAUAUAUAUAUAUAUACAGUUGCAAGAAAAAGUAUGUGAACCCUUUGGAAUGAUAUGGAUUUCUGCACAAAUUGGUCAUAAAAUGUGAUCUGAUCAUCAUCUAAGUCACAACAAUAGACAAUCACAGUCUGGUUAAACUAAUAACACACAAAGAAUGAAAUGUUGCCAUGUUUUUAUUGAACACACCACAUAAACAUUCACAGUGCAGAUGGAAAAACUAUGUGAACCCCUAGACUAAUGACAUCUCAAAGAGCUAAUUGGAGUGAGAUGUCAGCCAACUGGAGUCCAAUCAAUGAGAUGAGAUUGGAGGUGUUGGUUACAGCUGCCCUGCCCUAUAACAAAACACACACCAGUUCUGGGUUUGCUUUUCACAAGAAGUAUUGCCUGAUGUGAAUGAUGCCUCACACGAGGUACCUUAGUCGCAUCUGGCGUUAAGUAGGGUCUGAUGCGCGCAAUGUUUUUGAGAUUGAAGCAGCAGGAUUUGGCGAUAGACUGAACAUGAGGCGUGAAGGAAAGGUCAGAGUCAAAAAGAACACCUAGGCAGCGAGCCUGUGUGGUGGAGCUGAUGGUAGCACCGUUGACUUGGAGGGAGACUGACACAGGAGUAGCAACACUUGAGGGAGGAAAGACCAGAAUUUCAGUUUCUGUCAAGUUAAGUUUAAGGAAGUGGGCAGUCAUCCAGUUAGAAAUAGAGAGGCAGUCAGAGACACUAGUCGAGAGGGACGGGGAGAGAUCAGGUAGAUUUGCGUGUCAUCCUCAUAGAUAUGAUAUUGGAAGCCAAAGGAGCUAAUUAGUUUACCAAUGGAGGCAGUAUAGAUGGGGAACAGUAGGGGACCAAGGACUGAACCUCGGGGGACACCAACAGUGAGGAGUUGGGGAGAAGAAGAAGAGCCAGAGAAAGAAACACUGAGAGAGCUCUGGGAGAGGUAAGAGGAGCACCAUGAGAGAACAAUAUCUUGUAGACCGAUAUUGCGGAGGAUGAGAAGAAGCUGAUGAUGAUCAACAGUGUCAAAAGCCACAGAAAGGUUAAGGAGAAUUAGGAUAGAGUAGUGACAAUGAGAUAUUGCAGCAAGUAGAUCAUUGAAUACUUUGGUCAGUGCCGGUUCCACAGAGUGCUUAGCGCGGAAACCAGACUGAAACAGGUCUAACAGAGAGUUGGACUUGAGGAAGUCUGUCAAUGUCGCAUACACAACUCUUUCAAGGAUCUUGGACGCAAAAGGCAGUAGUGAGAUAGGACAGUAGUUGGACGGGGAGUUAGGGUCAAGGUUGGGCUUCUUUAGAAUUUGGGAUACAGUUGCAUGUUUGAAGGGCAAUGGAAAUAUGCCAGAGGAGAGAGAGAGAUUGGGAAUUUUAGUGAGAGGCAGAGAAAGAGACUAGAGAGCAAGGUUUGUAGUGUUUAUUUGUUUGAUAGCCUCUAAUAAUUAAUAUUAUUGAAUUGCUGAAAGCAAGGAGUGUGGUCUCUGAAUGUACACACAGUUUCUAAGUUAUAAUAUUUAGUUAUUAAUUUUAUUAUUAAUUCCAUAAGUAUAUUUCACAAAGAUACAAAAGGCAAAAAAUAGUGCUCUCUGUCAAACUGUACACUAAUAAUUGUGUAGGUAAAGGUUAUUUAUUCACAUUUGAUGGAGCAAUAUACACUUGCUCAGGAAUUAACGCUUGUGUGAUACAAUCCCCACAAGGGAUAUAAUGUAGAGUAGCUCCUGCAAAGGGUAUACAUGUGCCAGGAACAGUAGAACAAAAAACUAAAAUAAACAAAACAAACUUAAAAGGAUAUAUAAUAAAUGGUCAGACACAUAAAAUAGGUGAAUGCCAAAUAUCUUUAAUGCUUAAAAUAACUUGUAUAAAAUAACACAACACGUUUCGUCUACUAAGGACUUUCUCAAGUGUUAACUAGGAGAGGCCUUGCACUUUAGGGUUUAUAUAGGGUGGUCUGAGGUCCAUUUGAAUCAGACAACCGGUCCUGUAACUUCCUGGUUUGGUUAGCUCAGUGGAGCUAAACUCAAGAGGCAGCAAUUGCCCAGAUCACCUGCCUUGCAAAAACUUCUCAUUGAGCUUCAUUGGGAAGUCUGUGAUUGGACAGCCCAAUAUAUCUAAUCCCAAUUAUCUAGCUCCUGAUUUGCCCACAUUCACCAUUUUGUCACACUGUCCCAUAUAUACAGGGCCGAACUGGGGAUACAAAGCAGCCCUGGAAAAAAAAUAUAUGCCAGCCCCAUAAGUCAUUGUGACAUAUAUUGUCGCAUGUAAUAUGUAAGGCUAUGUCUUGCCACCCCAGAGGAAUGAGUAAUAUAUAUAUAUAUAUAUAUAUAUAUAUAUAUAUAUGUGUGUGUGUUGCUUUUUCUAAUAUAAAAUAUCGGUCCUUUCAGAGUAAAAUGUUGAAUUAUACAGUAAGCAUACUCACAUGCAGACACAGACAAUCUCACUGACACACACAAGCUCAUUGAUACACAGCCUCAUAGACAAACUAUCUCACUGAUAUACAUAAGCUCAUUGACAUAAAAACACAAGCUCACUCAGUAGCAGGCACACACACACACACACACACAGAGCUUAAUGUAGUCGUUUUGGUGUCUAUUGCCUGUCCCUGCAGGCUUUUCAAUGUAAACACCAACUUUUCAGAGUAACUAGAGGUGCUUCCUGUGUCAGUGCGGAUUGACUGAGAUCAUCAAGCUUGAUGAUCUCAGCCAUAGAGGCAGGGUCAGUCGAGGGGAGACCAGCACGACAUGGGGGGGGAAAAAGGUGAAUAAUAACACUAUUUUUAAAAAGAUCCACGCAGACAUGACAGAUGACAGAAACACACACACACACCUUGACACACACACCAUGACACAGACAGACCACGACACAGACACACAGACACCGUGACACACACAGACAGAAACACAGACACAGCAUGACACAGACACACCAUGACACAGACAGACACACACACCCUGACAGACAGACACACACACACCAUGACACAGACACACACAUACCUUGACAGACACACACACACACACACACACCUUGACACACAUGACGUCAUAUUCCGGCCCCAGUCUCAUUAAGUAGCGCGCGAGGGCAGGGGAACAGCGACAGAACAGCCAACUCCCCCUGCGGCCGCCAGAACAGCCAGCUCCCCCUGCGGCCGCCAUCAGAGCUCCCCCUGCGGCCGCAGGUCAGCCAGCUGUCUGCCCAGCCCCAGGUGCCGACGGCCCACCGGGAAAUUUCCCGGUAUCCUGGUGGGCCAGUCCGGCCCUGCAUAUAUACCGCAUAAUUUGGUGUCAGUUUGCAGUAUUACUGCUGUAUAGCCCAAUACAGAAGCAUUGUCCCAGAUUACUGCGUUACCAAAAAGAGUCUACUGUCCCUAUUGCUCACAUAUGGCUGCCAUAUUGUCUCUUGUUUCCUUACCUCUAUUCUCUACAUAUUGUUAUUUUGUCUGCUUGUCCGCUUUGUCUGUUUGCUGCUGCCAUAUUCCCACUAUGUCUGUAUUAUUAUUAUUGUUGUGCACUGGGUACAGAUAUUUUUAUUUUUGUUUUUGUUUUUUAAAGACGAAUGUGUCAUGCAGCUAUAUAUUUUUUGUCAGUUGAUGUUGAAUGGCGAUUUUUUGUUGUUGUUAUUUUGCCCCAGAUAGCUCGCUAUCAAAAAUCAUGUGCGCCUUAUCAGCAUGUGUACAGUGCCUUCCACUAACACUGGUACACUUGAUAAAUAUGAGCACAGGAGACUGGGAAAAAAUGUCUGUAUUGUUAAAACUUUUGAUCUUUGUUCACAAAAAUAUUCUGCUCUCAUAAACAUUAAACAAUUGCAAACACAACAAAAAAUAUUUGUUCAAUAUACGUGUGGUACAAUUAUUGGCACCAAUACGAAACAAUAUAUUUGAAGUAUAUUCCCAUUGAUAUUUUAACAUUUUUUAGUACACCUGUGUUGUGUUUGGAAUUGUAUGACAUUGACAUAAAGCUAAUUAGAAUAAAAUUUAAAAUGAGCGUUUUUUCUCUCCACAAGAUUGCUUAGUGUCAACUUUAACAUGAGGUGACAUUCUGUUUUCUUGUUGUUGUUGUUUUUUUUACUGUAUAGUUUUUAGUUGUAUGUGUUACAUUUUAUGAAACAGAAAAAGUGUUUAAUAAAUAUUUUAUUUUUCACACAUCAUUAAUCUUUGACAGUUCGUUUAUAAUAGUGACAGCGAGAUCAUCGAAAUGACACAAUGCCAGUAUUGUAAAUAAAAAACCUGAUAUUUGCAAGGAACACUUGAGUGUGAAUUUACCACUCAUUUAAAAAAAAAAGAGAGAGAAAAUAUGUACUGUAUUACAAUAAAAAUGUAUACGCUUUCUGAAUAUCCCUUUUUAUGGUAACUGAAAUCUUAACUUUCUGUCUGCUUAAAUGAGCGACUGGCUAAAAACUCUCAGCCAGUUCCUGGUCUCUUAUAACGUUCUGUGGGAGAAUCCGCAUGCACACACCAGUAAGAAAUCACAUGUUUAUGCUCGCUCAUCUCUCAUUAUUAAAGAACACUAUAAUAUUGGGAAUACAAACCUGCAUUCCUUUUUUUUUUUUUUAUUCUUUAUUUUUGUCGUGCAUGUAUCAACACCAAUUACACAGAGCCACAUCAGCGUCUGUGUGUAUCUUACAGCAUUUGACAAUGUCACAGGUUAAUACAGCACAUUUUUAAGGUUAAAGAGUAAAAAAUAAGACAGAAAAAACAAUUCUGUUAGUAAACAGUGGGGUGGACGAUACGCAACACUCUAUACACAUUAAAUUUCGAAUUCCGUUUUGAUAAGUAAUGGCAGUCUUGCUACUUACAUUGCUUAUUAAUAUAAAAAGAGGCACAUUAACUGUGAGAGACGCCCAGAAAAUAUCAGGGAAUUAAUGAAAAUAACGAAUCAGUACAGUCAUAGUGCCUGGCCUUAUCGUGUGUAGUUAUAUGGACUUCACAUGCCCAUCCCUGACAUAUGCCCAAGGAGUCCACUAUCUAAAGUUAGGUGUUGUAGAGUGCGACUAGCAUGGCAGCCAUACCAUGAUCCCAUUCUACGCAAAAGCCCAACUUGCUCACAGACUACAUUGUUCAUCCAACCGUAUCUUCGUAUCGAAAGGAGGUGAAAAAAGAAAACGCCACCUCCCAUGGAGAAACCAGAGGGAGGGGAAUAAAAAAAAAUAAAGAAGGAUGAGACUGAAAAAAGGGAAAUUCCAAAGUGGAGAGCGGCGCGCGCUUAGGGUUAUCUUAUGCACCAAUUUUUGUUCCCUCCUGGUCCAACCAUCGAGAGACCUAUUUAGCAGGUAUACCCACGGAUCUAGACGUAGGGGUCUGUUGAACGUCUGCCUCAGGAGGUCUUCCACUGACCUCCAGAAGCCGGUGAGUUUUGAACAUUCCCACCACAUAUGGAUAUAUGUGCCCCGGGAACCACAGCCCCGCCAGCAGUCAUCAUUAUCUAAUUUGUGCAUGCGAUAUAGUUUCACAGGCGUGGUAUACCACGAAGCAUAGUUUUCCAUGCUUGCUCUUGGAGAGUGACACAAAUCGAGACAGUGGUAUUCGCCUCCCAUAUCUCCCUCCACUCCAGUCCCUCCAAGACUUCACCGAGGUCCGAUUCCCAUUGAUCCGUGUAAUUCAGACUUCCCCAUUCACCAGUUUCCGCGCUCAGGUGAGCAUAUAGAAGUGUAAUCAUACCCUUGGGGGCGGUCCCGUUGGAGCAAAGCCUUUUGAAAAAGGUAAUCUGACCCAGAGCUGCUGCCUUAAUGCGAGGUUUGCUAGCGAAGUCGCGAAUCUGGACAUAGCGGAAAAAAUCAGCGGGGGUUAAAUGGACAAACCUGCAUUCCUAACGCUAUAGUGCCCCGUCCCUAAUUGGAGUAGUGGCCUCUCUUAAUAUAAAAAUUAAGAAAAUAAAGAUUUUUGCUUACAUUUUUCUAGCACCAAGGCUCACUCGGUGCUGCUUGCCUCUGCACUCCUACAAUGACAUUGAGUAAUGGUUCAAUGCAAUGCUUCUUAUAGAGGAGCAUAGGGGGGACCUAAUGUGCAUGCGCAGAGAAUGCAGCGACCACAUCCAAUGCUUCUCAUAGGAAAGCAUUGUAGUCACAAUGAAACCGAGCUUUACUCUGUCAGUGUAGCAGAAGCCCCUCUAGUGGCUAUCAAGAUGACAGCAACUAUAGGUGUGCUUGACCCUACAAAACUGCAAUGUUUUACAUUGCAGGGUUAAAAUGGCAGGGCUACUGCACCUGGGUCUCUUCAUUGAGAUGAAGUAGUCUGGAUGACUUUAGUAGUCCUCUAAUUAAAUGUUGCCCUUAUAUUUCCAAUAGAGUCACAAGAUGUCACUUGGAAAAAAAGUUGAUAUCUGCUACUACAAAUUAGGGGUUACUCCGUACAGUCUGAAUUGGUGCCUGUAGCCUUUGACACCCCAAUGACACUGCUGGGGUGGAUAUACACCUCUAGCAGCAGAGGCGUUAAACUAUGAAGUGUAAAUCCACCUUCGUCAAUGUUACUGGGUUGUCACUUGCAGCCAAAAAGGUGCUGACAGCUGCAGAUUCAUGCUUCAGCUUUGUAUCGGACCACUAAACAGCAUUGGAGCCCGGGACCCCAGCCCGUUAACUGGGAACCACUACAGAGAGUUAUGAUGGUUGGAGUAUUCCUUUAAUGCAAGCUUCAGACAUGUUCCAUUGACUUGUUUAUGGUACACUAUCCGAGGCAUUUUUGGACCUCAAGUGGAUGACAUGUGUGUUCCUUUGAAUAUGUUUUGCAUUAAAUUGAUCAAAUAACAUUUUUAAUAAAAUUCCUUUUUUUCCAAUAAAUUUCCAAAAGGCUUUCAGCAUUCCUCACCUGGAGACAUGUCUUCUUUGAGUGGUAAAGUGCAGACUGUAUUGGGACCCAUCCACCCUGAUCAACUAGGAUAUACCUUGACCCAUGAACAUCUGACAAUGACCUUUAAUUGCUGUUAUUGCUCUCCUCCUCCGCACCAGAAAGACUUAUCCAAUGAACCUAUUGUGAUGAGAAAUUUGUUUUGGUUAAAGCAAAACCCAUACAGUAAUAGGGAGAAUCUGCUGCUGAACCAAGAAUGUGAGGCUAUAAAAGAAGAAUUGUUAAGUUUCAAGGAAGCGGGUGGUGGGAGCAUUGUUGAAAACACAACUACAGGAAUUAGUAGAGAUGUAAAGGCUCUGAAGAUAAUGGCAGAGGAGACAGGGGUGAAUAUAAUCUCCGGGGCUGGGUUCUAUGUGGAUGCGACUCAUUCAUCUGAAACAAGAUCCAUGUCUGUGGAACAGGUAAGACAUUAAUCAUUUUGGACAUCAUUAUAUUAAUGUACCGUUUUCUGAUUAACAUGGAUUAUGUCGGCAUAUUAAUUGUGUAUAUUACAGUCAUCAGUUACAUCUGCAACUGACCAGUCUUGAGUAUUAAAAAGUAUACUUUUUGGUUGAUAAUGCUUAUUUCUUUCUACUGUUAAUUGUAUACAUGUAUACAGAGGGGUACCUAGGUUACAUGGUACCCGGGCGGAAAUAUAUUUUAAUACCCCUCUCCAAACUGUAAAAAGAAAUGUGUCUCCCUCUGCGCCACCCCAGCUCCUUUUUGUUAGGGAAAUUACAAAGUUUCAGACUUUCAGCUGUUUGCAAUGAACAGAUCAUGCAAAAGCAAUUGAAAUAAUUCAACACUACGAAUGUUUCAAGUAGUUUCCCCAAAUUCAACUGAAAAUGCAACUUAUAAUGACUUUCUUUUCCAACCACUUCAUGAAAGCAUCUUUAGUACUGUGCUGAGCAUCUUUUUGCUGUUAUGACCUUCUGUAAAUGAGAUGCAUAGCCCGGCAUCAGCUUCUGGCAGCGUUCCAGAGUAAGCCGAUUGCUCAUGAGAUUCCUGGGUUUGUGUGCUGCUACUUCCUUCUUCAAAUCUCCAGAUAUUUUCUUCUGGGUACAAGUCAGGUGACUGUGAUGGCCACUGUAGAAUUCUCAAGGACUUCCUAUGCAAUCAAGCCUUGGUGGAAUUUGAGGUAUGCUUGGGAUCAUUUUCUUGUUGGAAGGUCCAAUGAUGCCCGAGCUUCAGCUUCCUCACAGGUGGCAUGAUGUGUUCUCCUAGGAUUCCCUGAUACUUCAAUGAAUCCAUCUUGCCUUCCACAUGCUGCAGUUUUCGAGUGCCAGAGAAUGCAAAGCAGUCCCAGAGCAUCACGAACCACCACCAUGCUUAAGUGUAGGCGUAAGGUGUGCAAGUUUUUUUUUUCAGCGUAUUCUUCUUCCUCUAGACAUACUGCUGAUCCAUUGGGCCGAUAAUUCCAGUUUUGUUUCUACGCUCCACAGAACAGAAUCCCAAAAUGUCUGGCUUAUUUAUAUGAUUUUGAGCAUAUUGGAGCCAAAGUUUUAGUAUGCACCUUCGUUUGGUCACUGAAACCUCAGUGCCUGUUGCCACCAAGUCCUGCUGCAGUUCUUUUGCAGUCACUCAAGUGGUUUUCAUAACCUGCCUUCUCAGAAAUCUGCCCUGUUCAGGUGGUGUAAUCACUGUCCCUUCACCUUUAAACUUGCAAACUAUGCUUCCAACAAUGUCUCUAAGAACAUUCAGUGCCUUCGCUAUCGUUUUGCAUCCUGUUCAUUGUUUGCGAAGGGCGAUAAUCUCUUCUCUUAACUUUGUGGACCAUUCUUUUAACUUGGCCAUAUUUCUAACAUGCAGUCAAAGGUGACACUUAACAAACCCCUAGCUUGUUCAGGUAUUUCAAGAGUUCCAACUCAUGCACACUUGUUGCAACUAAUGAAGCCAUUGAUUAGUUGCAUAAGGUGUGUGUGAGACAACAUCUGUUUUGCGUAUUUGUGCUGUUGUGAGGUAUUUUAUUCAGGGGGUUAAAUCAUUUUGAGACUGGAGAAGUCAUAAGAUGCAUUUUUAGCUGAAUUUGGGGAAACCACAUGAAGCAUUUGUUGUGUUGCGCUGUUUCAAUUUCUUUUGUCUGAUUUGUUCAUUGCAAACAGCUGAAAGUCUGUGAAUUUUGACAAUAAAGCUGAUUUUCAAUGGGGGUUGAAUAAUUUUGAUUACAAUUUAGACACAUACACAAACAAACACGGACACACACAGACUCAUACACACAUUAAUGUUUAAACAGACUCAUUCAUAAAUACACAGGUGCACUCAGACUCUCACACACACACAGAAAUGUUUUUACACACUCCUCAUUCCAUUAGUACAAAUACUUAUUUUUAUUUUUAUAAAUAAUACACUUUUUUUUUAUAUAAAAAAUUACACAGCCCCCCUCCCCCCCUGCUCAUACCGUGACAGGGUGAGCUGCAGUGGAACCUCAUCCCUGGUAUCCUAUAUACUCCUGCUGGGAUCUCCCUUCACAGACUGCCCAGCUUCCAGCAACAGUACAGGGCAUAGUUGCAGAGCAAGCACUUGACAAGCGAAUGCAAAGAGGUGCCAUUAGACACCCUCUUUCACCUUGAAUGGCUGCUCCUAUUAAAGGGAUACCAUAGUCACCAGAACAACGACAGUUUAUUGUAUUUGUUCUGGUGAGUAUAAUCUGUCUCUACAGCCUAGGGAUAAUUCCACUGGCCACUCCUCAGGUGGCUUCCUGGGGAAGUGCGGCACAUUCAGUGUCUCAACACUCUGCAUGGAGACACUCAACUUUCCUCAUAGAGAUGCAUUUCUUCAGUGCAUCUCUAUGAGGAGAUGCUGAUUGACCAGGGCUGUGUUUAGCUUGUGCUGUCUCUGCCCCUGAGCUGCCUCCUGGAGUAAAGUUAAAAUUUUAUUAUAUUUAGGGGGGGAAAGGGGGUGGGAGAGGCAGGGGGGGCUAGAUAGUGUUUUUAACACUAUAGGUUCAGGAACACGUUUGUGAUCCUGAAACUAUAGUGUUCAUUUAAUAUGCCACUGAUUGAAUAUACUAUUUUAUGAACCAUAUCAUGUUUUUUCUUAAUGCAAUCACUACUUUAGAUUUAUCUAGAUCUAUUAUAUUUUAUCUCUUUUUAAUAGAAUCAUUUUUUUGAAAAAAAAAUUUGUGCAUGGAAUUACAACGGUGCUUGCAUAGCCACAAUAGCUUUCUUAAGCGCGGUUUUCAGGGUUUAUAACAGAAACAUGGCAUGUAGACAUCUUGCACAUUUUUAAAGUGGAAUAUAUCAUGCUAUACAGCUUGCACAGUUAUAAAGUAGAGUAUAACAUGCUAGACAACUUGCACAUUUUUAAAGUAGAGUGUAUUCUGCUAGACAACUUGCAUUUUUUUUUAAGGUAGAAUGUAGCAUGCCAGACUACUUGUACAUUUUUAAAGUAGAAUAUAACUUGCUAGAUAACUUGCACAAUUUUAAAGUAGAAUAGAACAUGUUGAUGUUGGGCAACUUGCCCGUUUUUAAGGUAGAGUAUACCAUGUUAGACAACUUGCACCUUUUUUUUUUUUUGGGCUUCGGUAAUGUCCUUGUGAACUCCACUGAUUUUAAUGUUGGAGGCCUGCCUGGCGUCCUCAAGCGCAGCGAGGCGAUGUUCAUAUUGCCGGGUCUGUUGUUCCAGGGCUUGUACCGUGUGUUGCAGUAUGGUGACUUCCUGGGCCUGGGAUUGUGAGGAGCCUUCCAGUUUGGAGAUGCCGCCUGUCAGGCCUUUCAGGUCUGCGCAGAGCGCUGUGACUUCCUCGUGGAAGCUACGUUUCAGGUCCACCAUUAACGCCUUCAUGACCGCUAUGGUGAUCAGUUCUGCGUCUGCCCCUCUGCCACAGUGUUGUGCCUUUCGUGGUGGGUCCGGAGGCUGUAAAUAUCCCCCUUCCUCCGCAUCAGAUAUGUCCUCGAAGAAGUCUGAGCACCCGCCGUGUUUGCUUCAGAGGCUCCACGUGCUUGCAUCCACAUCUCCCCUAUCGUUAGCCCCGAGGUGGGCUUGUGUGGUACUGUUUUUUCCCCCUUUCUCCCCAUUUGGUCUUGGGAUGUUUGCUUGUAAGCAAGAGUAGUAAGGGGGGGAAUUUCAAUUGUUUUUCUCCGUUUGGGGCUCGGAGUUCUCUUUUCAAUAGAAGAAUUUUAAAACAAAAGUAGACAACAUCUUAAAGAAAUGUCAUUCAAAAGUGUAAAAUACGGUGUUGUUUAUGUUUAUAGGAAUGGAAUGGGUCAAUGUGAUUGGCUGGAAUUACCCAUCCAUCAUAUACUUCUGCAGCUUGGAUGCCGGGAGCAUUAAUCUGCUGUGUUAAGGCGACAAGAGCAUUCUAACCAAGGCCGGACUGCGAAGAAAAUUCGGCCCGGGCAUUUUUUAAUUACAGCGGCCUACUAAAAAGGGGGCGGGGCCAUAUAGGGUGUGUUUUGUCAUCACCAAUGACAAACACGCCCCAUCAAAAAGUGAGCAUGUUGAUUCAAUGCUCUUCCAGGGCAUACCAUGCGCAGAGCUCUGCUGAAGAGCUCUGACAUGAGAAAAAGACCUUGAAUUUAAUAACAUGCUUGCACUGUGUUUGCUUGAAAUUUGUCUCUGGUGUCUCCAUAGAUGGGAUACCAGGAGACAAAAAUGCUGAGAAAGAGUAUUGUGCAGUGUGUGUGUGAGUGUAAGGGGUGUAGUGUGUGUGCAAGAGGGGUGCAGUGUGUGUGAGGGGUGUAGUGUGUGCUGUGUGUGAGUCAUAGGUGCUGUGUUUGCGUGAGGGUGCUAUGUGGGUAAGGGUGCUGUGUGUGUAAGGGGUGCAGUGUGCAUGUGCUGUGUUUGCGUGAUGGGUGCUGUGUUUGCGUGAGGGUGCUAUGUGCGUUUGAGGAAACUGUGUGUGAGGGUGCUGUGAGUGUCAGGGGUGUAGAGUGUGUGUGUGUGUGCGCGUAAGGGUGCUGUGAGUGUCAGCAGUGCUGUGUGUGUUAGGGUGAUGUGUGUGUGUUAGGGUUGUAGUAUGUGUGCAAGAGAAGUGUAGUGUGUGUGUGAGGGUGCUGUGUGGGUAAGGGUGCUGGGUGUGAGGGUUCCAGUGAGUGUGUGCUGUGUCUGAGUGCUGGGUGCUGUGUUUGAGUGAGGGUGCUAUGUGCAUGUGAGGGUGCAGUGUGUGUGUGUGUGUGUGUGUGAGAGUGAGGGUGCUGUGAGUGUCAAGGGAGCAGUGUGUGUGUGCGUGUGUGAGUGAGGGUGCUGUGAGUGUCAGGGGUGCAGUGUGGGUGUGUGAGUGACGGUGCUGUGAGUGCAUUUUUUCUAAAUGACUGGACCUCUUAAUCAAAUUCAUUCAAACACAAACAUUUAAUCGCAUUGUUACUGUUGCUCUAUACCACUCUGGACAUUGAGUGGAUCACUUAAAAGCUGCCAUGCAGUUUGCUGGAACCAGCACUUAAAUUCCAGUUUAUGAAGAGGAUGUAUUGGAUGGGCAAUAACUUUCCAAGUAUUGGUAGCAGGUAUGCUGGUACUGUGCUUUGUGAGUAGUUUUCUAAAUAAAUAUACUUGUUCGCUAGCCAUCAUCCAUCAUGCAUAAAUAAUGAAAUCAGCAACUAUAGCUUUAUUUCAAUGUCCCUCAAAAAUACCAUGGAUUUAAUUUUAAAAAUGUAUAUUGCUUUCGUUGGGAAGACUAUAUUAUUGUACUUAUAAUAUAAAAUGUGGAAGUAAUGAGGAAAACGUGUUGCAAGUUGUUGCUGUGUGUGUGUGUGUGAGAGUGAGGGUGCUGUGAGUGAUUAUAUUCCCCCCUCCCCUCCAUCCAGAGAUCACUCUUGUGAGACCCGGACCAGCAACGGUCCGGAUCUCGUGAGAGAAACCCGGCGGAGCUGUAAGUUAAAGCUCCUCCCGGUUCCUCUGCUGGCAGGCUGUCUCCCUCCCUCUCUCCCCCGCCGGCGGCCAGGAAUAUACUACAUGUGGGCCGGUGAGGGAGAUCUUUGAUCUCCACACCGGCCCACCAUGGAACACAGCAGGGCCGGCGCUCGGAUAGCUCCUGUAACCUUCCCUGCCGGCCUCGGCCCAUAGCCACCGCAGCCCACCGGGCAUUUGCCCGGUGUACCUGAUGGCCAGUCUGGGCCUGAUUCUAACACAGCAAUUAGAUUAGAAGUAUAGUUAAGUUUUCCUUUCUUUUUUCAAUAAUUGUAUUUAGUUCAGGUUUUUACAUUUUAUAUGUAUAUAUUUUAUUUUAAAGAAUACUUAUUGCAAUGUUUGAUAGGCGUUAAGUUAAAUUUAUGUUUCUAAAGGGGGAGAAUAUGGAAGGCAACUUAUGACAGCUCUAAGCCAUAAAUAUUUGUUUAUUAAAUCCAUUUUUGCAUUGGUGAUCCAGCAAAAGUAUUUCUGUCUUUUCGUCAGUUGACCAAGGUUCUUGUUAAAGAAGUCCUUGAAGGAGCAGAUGGUACAGAUAUAAAAUGUGGAAUAAUCGGAGAGAUUGGAUGUUCCUGGCCUUUAACCGAGAGCGAAAGGAAAAUUUUGCAGUCAACUGCCGAAGCUCAGUCACAACUUGGUUGUCCCGUCAAUAUUCAUCCGGGUAGAAAUAGUGACGCUCCAUUCCAGAUUUUGAGAAUUCUGCAGGAGGCUGGAGGAGAUAUCUCUAAAACAGUAAUGUCUCAUCUUGAUAGGUAAGCAAUCCAGCCAUUCUAGAGAGGAUUCAUUUAUGAUGUAGAACCUUCAUCAAGUAUGUUACGCCAGGACUCCCAACCGUCCCAAUUUUAGCAGGACGGUCCUGAUUUUUGGUCCUGUCCCUCCGUCCUGACUUUUGGGGAACUGUACCCAACAAUCAUAGCACAAGCUUAUUAUCAUCUAUGUUACUGUUAGAUGCGCUCUCUCUAUGUUCAGGGCACUAGGAUCCUGUAGAUAAUAGUGCCAUUGUCACUGGUCCACCCCUUUAAACCCUGAUUCUUGGGAAGCCAGAGUUGGGAGCUAUGUUACCCCACAAAGCCUUAAUAUAAUACUCAGGAAUGUAUUUUAGUACAUUAAGUUGUGAAUUCUACAGGCAGUUAAAGUCAUUUGCCCACAAGCAUACCUGCAAACAUUUCACAUGGCUACAUUGAGGACACUUGUUCUAGGAGACAUGAUGUAUGCACUUACAAAAAUAGGCAAUGGAGUUGUGACAUUUAUGUCUUUUCUAAUGAAAGAAUAUGCCACUCACUGAUUUUCUAUGUAUUUAAAUAAGUCUAAAUAUAUAUGUAUCUCUACAUAUUUGCGACAAAUUAUUAUAUACUUGUCUUCCUCUAUUUGUAUAAUUCCUUGUGCAUUACACAUAUUUCUAUUUACUUAUCAAUAUAAAGUUUUUUUGAUUAAGGUAAUUGCCUUUUGAAUCUUUAAAAAUAAUGUAAUAUUAUGUGAUAUAUUUAUAGAAAUUGACUUUUAAAUAUGUGUUUGACUUUCUGUUUUUUUAAACUGGUUUUAUUUUAUAUUCUGUUUCCAAACCAUAUUUUAUUCGUUUCUCGUUUUCACCGCGCACUUUUUGCCUUUUAUCAAAUACAUAAUCUAAAGGCAUUUUCUUGACAAUCUAUCUUCAAUUAAAUAUGUUAUUACAUCAAGUCGGUUAAGACAACAAAGAACUCCUUAAUCCCCUUUUAAUAGGAAUGGCUUAAUGUCAACAUUUAAGUAAUAAAGCUACUGCCGUUCAUUAUUACAGGACUAUAUUUGAUGAGAAAAAACUGCUAGAGUUUGCUGAACUUGGAUCGUACUUGGAGUUUGAUUUGUUUGGCACAGAAAUGCUGAACUACCAGUUUAAUGAAGCAGUCGACAUGCCCAGUGACAACGAAAGGAUCAAAACGUAUGUAUGGCUAUUUAAAUAUAACAAUAUAAAGUGUUUUUUUAAGUGGAAAUCUUUCUUAAAACUCUAGUAUUUACUUUAUUUACAUGUUGAUGUUUCCCCAUAAACAGCAUCACUUCCAGUUCCGCAUUAUAAGUAAUUUCAUUCUUUUCUUUUUUCCCUUCCUUCUAAACUUCCUUCUUUCCUUUCUUAUGCUUCCUCUCUUUACCACACUUCCUUCCAAAUUUCCUUAUGACAUCACCUGCGUGGUAUCCCGUAAUGUAAUUGGGAGGUGGAUAAGGAUACAAAGGAAUUAACCUUAAACCACCUCACUACCAUUCAUUUUUUCUUUGAAAAAAAAACUAUUACCAAUAAAAAAUAUUUAUUUAUUUGAAACAUAUAAAUAAAUAGAUAAUAGAUAAUUUAAAUGUUUUAAUUGUACACACUUUUUUAUUUUUUAUGUAUUCAUUCAUCCUGAACAGCUUUAGACAGUAUACAGUUGCUCUCAUCUUGCAAUGUUUUACAAAGGGUCUAAAAUAGGUGUGACAAAAAAAGAUUAAAAUUUAGCCGCCCUCCACAUUAAAAUGUUUGUUUUUUUUAAUUCAAAAAGUAUAUGGGACCAAUAUAGGGUCCUGGGUUCUCGCUGUGGUGGUCCCACCCUUGAACUUCAGCUUAUGUAUUUUUAAAAAGAAGAAAUAAAAGUACUGCAAUUUUGUUUGUUUUGGAGGGUGAUGCAGUGUCCAUUUGGUGUUCCCCUUGUGGAGUCUAACCGACAUGUACAUUUGGAUGUUUCAAAAGCGGUGGGACCUCACACCAUUAGUUCCCGUGAAAAAUUAGACCGUGGCCGUUAUAUAUAUUGUUAUAUUUGAACUGCAUAUACUUAAAGUGCAUAUUUAGUUAUUCAGCUUCAAGUAUUUUAUUGUUUUUCUGUUUUUUUUUUUAAUAUGACCCCCAUAUUAGCUUAAGAGAUUUAUAAAACAACCCUUAUACCACCAUGCUGCAGGUGAGGGUGUAGUUAAUAAACUGUAAUUAAAAACUAGUAAAUUAGCAGUUAUUUCCACUUAUGGGCAUCAUGUGGGGGCUUAAAAUAAAAAAAUGGUAAAGUCUUAAAACCUGUAAAAAGAAAAAAUAUAUAUCUAAAAAGACAUCAGAUGGGUUUUUGCAUGGGUUUUAUUGUUUUAAACCUUCUUUUGGUCUGCCUCACAAAAGGUCAAAGGAAAGGCCAUAAUAACCCAACGGCACUAUAAAAAAAAAAAAAAAAACGAACAGGGGAAAAAAAUGCACUGACAAUUUUUUUUUUAAGGAUUCUGACACUUUGAAAUUUCAGUAGAGCACAUUGAUUGGUCGGUCUUUAAGGCCUAAAAGCCAACCAAUCAGAGUGCUCUGACAGGAAAGAUUAAACUGAGACUUGCAGUUUGUGACUUGCCUGUCAGAGAACUCUGCUUACAAGCCAACCAAUCAGAGCAAAAUACUGACAUUUGGGGACCACUGGCCAUCUGGACUGAUAAAUGUAGACCUAAAUUUUGGGUUUGUUGAGGGAUGGACAUUGACAAGUCCACCCCCUAUUGUUAAAUUGCUAUUAAUAUCCCUCCAUUUAAGCUCAUGGGUAAAGGGGUAUAAUCCAGCACUAAUAGAUAGGACCUGGAGGGACAGUCUGAGGUCCCCCUUCCCCCGUUAUUAUAGUAGUAUUCUAAUUAGCCUCUCCUGGGUUGAGACUGCCUUACUUUAGAGUGUCCAUCCCUUUUUUUCUUUUCUUUUUUUUUUAAUAGAACAUCCACCGGCAGGGAUUUGGCCAGGUAAAUGUUAAGCCCCACCCAAUGCCCAUUAGUGAAGGCAUGGGAGGAACCUUUUGAGUAGACAUGCCCACCACCUACAGCAUGGCAGGUGCGCCAUAAGGGAGAUUUUACACCUCUCGUGUUAAUAUAGGGGUUACUUUGUCACUACUAUACAGAGGAUUGUAUGUUGCUGCCACACAGUACUAUGCUAAACGAUAUUGUGUAACUGUAUUAUUUCAUCAUUAUUGUAGUCUAGUACUUGCAGUAUUGGUAUAAAACUUUCAAUAACAAUUAGCAAAAGAUGUGGAGUUAGCUGCUUUGGUCUCAGAUUGUGCGAUUUAAUUGCAAUUGCAAUGCUGAUCCACUGGAAUCACGUUUGGAUUUUAGAAACUCAAAACAAUAUAAAAUAUAGAAUAAAUGUACAGGAGCACAUACUGGCCUUGUUCAUACUACAAAGGGUUAAGCUGCAUUAUGAUACAGUUAGGGGUUUUCCAUUCAGUGUAGACGAAGUAUACUGGUAAGUAAUGUAUUUUUACCUGUCGACCUACGGGGUUAAAACAUUUCCAAGGUUAUUUGUGAAGAACUUUUUUUUUCUUUUUGUCUUAUGCUGAUCACAUUCUCUCUCUCAGUGGGCCAUAGUCUAUUAGUUUUUAUUCUAUAAAUUUCCCAAUAGAUCGUAAUAGACAGUCAAAAGGUAGAACAAAAAUAAACAACAAUUUUAUCGUUUUCAUAGGUAAUAGAAUAUGAUGACCCUGUGCCUCAGGAAGCAAAACAAUUAUAUUAAGGUCUGCGGAGUCAGGACUAAUGCUGCUUGAAAAACUCAGCACAAUGUACAGAAACCACUAACUACUGUUUUAUAAAUACAAAACCAAAAUUAAGUUGUAGGAGUGAUAGUUGGAGGUAUAGCUGUGUCAGCUUAAAAUUCCACCAUUUUUAAAACAUUAUGGAGAUUGUUCGAUAAUAAAUAUUUACAUAAUAUAUCUAAUAUAUACAAAAUAUUAUUAUUAUCACACAUUUUAAAAAAACAUGCUUAAAUAUUCUCUCAUUUCUUGCAAUUCUGGAGCUACUCUAAGGAUCAGUCAGUCCUGGUUCAGUGGGAGGGCUAUGCAUUUACAAUAAACUAUUGCCAAAGAGGCAUUUAUAGGAUGAAUCGUUCAUAAUCCUUACUAGUUUAAUUCUUGAAAAGACACAAAGAAACUGACAAAUUUAUGGAAGCUCAGUGCGAUUCAUGUUUGACUGCUGUGUAGGUUCUCUCAUGAAAAGCCAUGAGGUUGCCUGUACUAAUCACUUGGGGGCUUUACUUUGCACAUGCGUCACAUGUGUUGUUCAAGAAGUCAAAUUAACUAAUAGCAAACUACCUGAACCUGUGAUAUCACAUAGUUCGGAAGUGUGAGUUUUAUAAGCUGGCACGAUUUUUGUUCAUUGCUGUAGCCAUAAUGAAUAGGAUAAAUGGAGAAUUUUGCAGAAUCUGGAUUCAAUAUUCAAAAUUAAAUGUUUUUCCCGUUGUAGAUUCUGCAGCUAGAUGCAUUUUCAGCCUGACCGAAGAAGUACAGUUCUGUAAAAAUACCCCACACACAGAGCUGGAGAAGAUUUAGUCAGCUAUGAAAGCCUUUGAGUGGUACUGGCUGUAGAUUGAAAUUGGACAUGUAUAUACAUUGUAUUCAACACAUUUCUUUCCUAAAGGGGUUAGUCAUGAAACGUUCAUGGUCUUUGAGGCUGCUAGUGUUCCCAACAGUUGAGAGAGGCGAGCGGCAAGAUGAAGUGUAACUGUUCAGUUUUCUUAACAAUUAAUUUGGGCCGAUUGCCAUUCAGAUUGUGUGAAUGUACUCCUUUCUUUUGAAUGGACAUUCAAAGCACCACAACAACUUGUGUUCAUUGUAUAGGAUAUAGUGAACAGAGGAUCCCUGUCCAUAUCUAUCUUCUGGCUUCAAACUGUGGCAGUUUUAAUUCACCGAAGCUCUAGGCCCACCUCUUCACUUAAAUAGUCACAACACUGGGAAUCUUGUAUAUCAGAAAUAUAUAUAUUUUUUUUAAAGAACACAAUAAGCAAACUUUGCCCAAAAAAUAAACGGGCAUAAACUCUUCCGCUAAAAUGAUUAAAAGGACACUCCAGACCCCUAAAGCACUAUAGCUUGCUGCACAGCUUUAUGUGUGAAGUGUGCCCUAUUAUUUUAUUUCUGAAAAAAGUGCAGAUUUCAAUAGAAAUUCACAGUUUCAUAAAUUAACCUGGGUACAUCCCCUAGGUAGUUGAUGAAACAGCAGGUCCUGUUACUUCCUGGUUUGGUUAGCUCAUUGGAACUAAACUCAAGAGGUAACACUUGCCCAGAGCACCUGCCUUGCAAAAACUUUGUAUUGAGCUGCAUUGGGAAGUCUGUGAUUGGACAGACACAAAGUCUGGGCGGGGUUAGAAGGGCAGUGCUUACAAAGGCAGCAGACAAGAGAACUGCAGGUUUUGCAAGUUACAUAGAAACAUAGAAUGUGAUGGCAGAUAAGAACCAUUCGGUCCAUCUAGUCUGCCCAAUAUUUCAAAAUACUUUUAAUUAGUCCCUGGCCUUAUCUUAACUCUAGGAUAGCCUUAUGCCUAUCCCACGCAUGCUUAAACUCCUUUACUGUGUUAACCUCUACCACUUCAGCUGGAAGGCUAUUCCAUGCAUCCACUACCCUCUCAGUAAAGUAAUACUUCCUGAAAUUACUUUUAAACCUUUGUCCCUCUAAUUUAAGACUAUGUCCUCUUGUAGAGGUAAUUAUCUUUCUUUUAAAUAUAGUCUCCUCCUUUACUGUGUUGAUUCCCUUUAUAUAUUUAAAUGUUUCUAUCAUAUCCCCCCGUCUCGUCUUUCCUCCAAGCUACACAUGUUAAGAUCCUUUAACCUUUCCUGGUAAGAUUUAUCUUGCAAUCCAUGAACCAGUUUAGUAGCCCUUCUCUGAACUGAAGUAUCAAUAUCCUUCUGAAGAUAUGGUCUCCAGUACUGCGUACAAUACUCCAAAUGAGGUCUCACCAGUGUUCUGUACAAUGGCAUGAGCACUUCCCUCUUUCUACUGCUAAUACCUCUCCCUAUACAACCAAGCAUUCUGCUAGCAUUUCCUCUAUUACAUUGUCUUCCUACCUUUAAGUCAUCUGAAAUAAUUACUCCUAAAUCCCUUUCCUCCUGCCCUUGGGUUUUUACAUCCAAGAUGCAUUAUCUUGGACUUAUCCACAUUAAAUGUCAGUUGCCACAGCUCUGACCAUUAUUCAAAUUUUUCUAAAUAAUUUAAUAUUUGGCUUAUCCCUCCUGGAACAUCAACCCUGUUGCAAAUUUUAGUAUCAUCUGCAAAAAGACAUACCUUACCAUCAAGACCUUCUGCAAUAUUACUAAUAAAAAUAUUAAAGAGAAUGGGUCCAAGUACAGAUCCUUGAGGUACCCCACUGGUAACUAGACCUUGCUUCGAAUAUACCCCGUUGACUACAACCCUCUGUUGCCUAUCAUUUAGCCACUGCUUUACCCAUUCAACAAUAUUGGAAUCCAAACUUAAAGAUUGCAGUUUAUUGAUGAGCCUUCUAUGUGGAACAGUGUCAGAAUCACAGACUAUUGCACACGUUAUAUGGAUUGUCCUUUUUGGCCAGGAGGUCCAGGAUCACUGUUUAGUAGAUAUAUCUAAAACCAACUGGAGUUUUAAUUUGGGGUAUAUCUACUAAACAGUGAUUUUUAUUUAUUUUGUAUUUGCAUUAAUGUCACCCUGUCUCUGAUUGGCUACUUUACAGUUUUGUGACUGAGCUGACGUGGCAGCCACACACAAGUAUUGUGAUAUCUCUAGAUCACAUUUUUCGUGAAGGUAUAAGAGUCAAGUAUAGAUUUCUGUAUGCUUAAAUAAAUUUAACCACCAGGGGGGCAGCUGAGCGCUAGGUUUUCCGAAUUGGCCUCACAUGCAAGCUCAGGCAUUGUAACGCUUCAUAAUUGCUUUCUAUGGGGAGCUACAGAGGGAGAGUCAGCUGCAAUAUACACAUAGCGUUUGUUAAAGAUAAGGUGUUUUGUCCUUGCUGUGUUCAGGUCCCUUGCGAUUCGUUUGCCAGGGAUGUGGUUAGUCUCUGGUAUCUGCUAGUGGCAGCCUCAAGUAUAUGAGAGAGGAAGUUUGUGACUCGAUUCUGUUGCACUUCUGUGCUUAUUCACGGUUAGAGUCCCGAUUGAGUUCCCUCAGUUCCACUGCCGGUGACCAUGUGAGACGUUGCCUCAGGUAUUGCAGGUGUGAGCCUUGCUUACAUGCUGAACGUUUCCUCCUUAGAGUUGUCUGGUGUGCGGCAAGAGUGUGUGUGUGUCUGCGGGCUGCUUGUUCUCCCGCUGGUGAUGGAUGCGGCAGCCAUUUAGUUUUUUGCCAUGCGGUCCCUAGUUGCUCAGUUUGUCGCUCAGGUUUCAUAGGUGGUCGCUGCUUCCCCGGUGGGGUCCGGGAUAACCCCCCGGCCCACGAGGGGGGGGUGAAUUGGGCCCUCGCUAAGAGUGUGGGAGGUCCCGCCGGACUAAGCACGGGAGGCCGGCCGCAUCUCCCGCCAGAGCCUCACGACAGGCCGCAAUCCCAGCCGUCCAGCAAUCCUCCUCGCCGGCAGGACGGGGGUUGGUAUUCACUCUGAAAGUUGUGUUCAGGUUCCCCCUCGCCUUCUCAUAGCUGCGGUACGGUUAUUUAGGAGAACUAAGGUUGUUUUGAGCUGGAUAUUGGGGAUUCAUAGAGGAGCUCAGGUGCCCCACGUCCAGCCAGCUCGGCGGUCAGGCCCCGCCCCCCACUUUGUCCGAAUUUGAGCCGAAUGAGUGAUCAUUCACAUCCGGGACCUCCUGGCCAAAAAGGACAAUCCAUAUAACUUGUACAAUGGUCCGUGAUUCUGAUUCGCGUCUGUGGUUCUAAAAAAGAGAUGAUUGAUGGCUAGGGGACAGUCACUAAAUGUUGAUUUUGUUUAUAGAUCAAGUGAGAAGUGAGCAAUAGGGGAAAAAUAAGGAAGGACAGUAAAAAAUAAAUAUAUAUAUUUUAUUUUUUACAGUUCCUCCUGUUUUUCCCCCUAUAUGUCACUUUUUCUCACUUGGUUAACCAAAUGGCGGGAGAAUGCUCCUGUCAAUGUACUUCAAAAUAGAUAUGUAAUUUUAUAGUACGUAUGUAUUUUGCAGUACACUGAUUGGUCCAUUUGCGUGCCCUUUUGGUUCAUCUGAUUCAUUUUCCAGAAUCGUUUUUUUUUAUUACUAAAUUUCUGCAAAGUCAAACUGCCAUAUGAACAAAAUUAGGUCGUCCGUGAAAAAAGUAAUUUUUGGAAUGAAUUGUUCGGCAGAAGCAGAUUUUCUUACUAGGCACUAGUCUAGCUGAUAGUCGCAGUGUUUGUGAAAUAGUUGUACCACUGUGCAUUGAUUGAAAAUAAUGAAUAGUUAGGAUUGAAUGGCCAGUGACCGUUUUCAAGGUAUUGCAACAAAUACAACAAAUGUCAGUAUCGUUUCUGUUUUGUUUGAUUUUUUUUUUUUUUAUAUGUUUUAAGUAUCUACAAAAUAUUUUACAAAGGCAGCCUAAUGUUCUGUUAAACUGACAGCUGAACGACAAGUAGCAUACCCCCCUGCUGUGCUCUCAACCCCCUGAUGUGCAGGCUUUAUGGUGUAUGCUCAGGACUCCUGUAGAAAUCUAUAUAAACACGGCUGGCUGUGCCAUAUUCUUGGUUAUUUGCAGCACAUGUAGGGACAUAAAAAGUGAGUUUAUUUUUAUUGCUUAUUAUUACAACUAAUAUUUUUAAUGCAUUACCUAUAUAAUGCUUGGAGUGAGCCUUAGUCUAAUUUUUUUUUUGGUCGUCUUAUUCCGUAUCUUUACAAUAGAGUAGAUCUCUGGAAUCUGAAAAGGGUAACAGUAAUGCUAUUUACGGGACAUUACGGGACAUGUUUGAGGAGACAGGACUCGAACUUCUUGAAAUUGUUACUGAAUAUAGCAUGUGAUCAUGUCUCUUGAACAUAUUUUAGAUUCUGUUCUAAAUUUCCAGUGUCUUUUAGACCACUGUCCCCAUAUACUUGUUAUUACUGUGUGAUGUAAAAUAAAUGAUUCAGUUAGAAAUUAGGUAUCGUAAAUUCCUGGAUUCAUGUCAAACCCACAGUGAAAUGAGGUCAAUAAUGUUGACUUACUAUUCUGCUUCAUGGCAAUCAAUAGUAUCAUUUAUUGUGUUAAUUAACAUGAUUAAUGGUAAAGAUUCUUUCGGAAUUCUAUAAAUGUUUGCUUCUGUAGUUUCGGCCUGUCCACAUCUCACUGUCUCUUAGCUAUUUAUAAUUUUAUUUUUUAAAACCUAAACCAAACAUCCGGAUAAAGUUGACAUUAUUCAGAUAAUGGAUUUGGAUAAUUUAUAUGAUACAGCACUUGGUAUCCUUAAAGGGACACUGCGUUUUUUAUCCACUGGAAACAAAUUUAUUUAUUUUUAAGUCCUUAAAAACUAAGGUAGAUGUCCAACUUUAGAGCCAAAAAACCUAGCAUCCGUGCUGUGUGUUUGUUCAACAAUAAUGUUCCUUUUUAAUUGCACUGAGAAUUGUAUAUACAAUUAUGAAGGACAGAUUGGGAUUUAAAGGGACAUUCCACUGCUCAAAUAAAAAAAACUAAAUCACUGUUUAGUAGAUAUACCUCCAAUGAAAACCUGCAUGCAUUUAAUUAGGUAUUUUUUCAUUGCGGGUAUAGCUAAAGACAGCUUGAAAAGGCUACAGAUGUCUUGUUUUCAGCCUUUGCAAGCUUUACCCUUCUUCCUUAGUCCAGACCUUCUGUGGCUGUCCAAUUAUAGACUCCUCAAUGCAGCUCAGUGAGAAGUGUUUGCAAGGCAGGUACUGUGAGCAAAGCAACCAGGAAGUAACAGGGCUGGUUAUCUGAUUGACAGCUAAGAGGGUGUAACAAGGUUAAUUUGUAAAAGUUUACAUUUUAUAUUAAAAUCUGCACUUUUUCUACAAUGAAAAAGAGGACAUACUCUUUACAAAUAAAACAUUUCAGCAAGCUUGGUGUUUGGAGUGUACUAUUAAACUUUAUAUCACCGACCUCUAUCAUAUAAUCAGAACAGGAACAUCCAGAGUAUUUCUUAAAAUGGAUGAACUUUUAUUGUAACCAGUAGGCGUAUUAAAAACAAAAAAUAAAUGAUGAAUAGAAUAAUAUGCACGACCGACAUAUAAAGCAAAAAUAAACUAUAGCUAUACGCAGUCUACACGUUUAGUUUUAGAAGUUUUUCAACACAUCUCAGAGAGGUCCUGCAAGACUGCAUAUAGCUAUCAUUCAUUUUUGCUCUGGAUCACUGCCGUGCAUGUUAUUCUAUUUGUGGUUUAUUAUUUUUUGUUUUUAAUACCCCAAGGGGUUACAAUAAAAGUUCAUAGAUUAAAAAAAAAACUCUUCAUGUUUCUGUUCUGAUUAUAUGAUUGUGGAUUCCAGGAUUGACUUACCUUUAUGAACACCACAGACAUGAGUACCUCUAUAUAAUUACACCGAAUUGCUAUACUGUUUCCAUGUCCACAGCCGUUAGUACAGCUCAGUUUUAGGCAGCUAUCUGGUGGGAUGCACUCUGAUUUGUAAGGUUAUCACUGACCUCUGCUGUAUAUACUAGUUAGAUUUAAAAAAAAAAAAAAUAGUUUUUACCUUAUUUAAUUUUCAUGGGAAAUGUCAGACUGCUUGCAUCCCAUAACUCUAAAGGAAGCAUAUUAGUAUUCCACUACUGCCCUUAAAGUACAGUAGUAAUCCAUAUGUAUUCCUUGGUCAAGUGUUUGAGGGCUGUAAGGAGUCAAAUAUCAGACAUGCUCUAAUUUUAACUUGCCUCUCUGUACUGUUCCCAGUGAUGCUGUUUGUUGAAGUGACUCUAUCUCUGAUACUAUACUGACCAUCAACACAAUUUGAUGCUAAGUUCUUGAUUUCAGCUAAUCCUAACUCUAACUAAUGCUAACCUUAGGUAGUCCUUACCCUAACAAGCUCAACACCAACCAUAAUACCAAUACCAUGCUUAAUACCAAACCAAAUCCUAACCUUACUCGAAUCCUAACAUGAAACCAACCUUACAUCAUAAUAAACUGUACAGCAACUCUAACCCUAACCCACCACCAAUCCUAACAAUACACCAACACUAACCCUAAUGUUAACAUUAAUGCUCAAACCCUAACGCUAAUGCGAUCCUACACCAGGGUUGGUGUAGGAUUGCAUUAGCGUUAGGGUUUGAGCAUUAAUGUUAACAUUAGCCCUACAACAGCUCUUACCCUAAUGCAGAGAGAUUCCUUCAAUUCAGAUGAUGUCAAUUCAGGAAUUCCUCUGUUUACACACAACAGAAUGCUAUGUGCAUUGUACUAUGUAAACGUUCCAUUGGAGAUCUCCCUCUUAUGCUACAGAUUCAGUUGUCUUGUCAAUUAUACAGUGAUUGGUGCUGGGUAGCAUGCUCCGCACUUAUCACUUUCAGCAAGGAGACAUACAGGGACUCUCCCUCUUUCCAAGAGAAUCACCAGGACUGAAUACGGUCAGUUGGAGAACUGCACACAGCUCUUCAGUUAAUGUGGGUCUACUAAAUAUGGCUAGAGCUGAGUACUCCAAGUAUUGUUACCUAAAUCUCCCCAGUGAGGGGCAAGUAUGUAAUCCUGCUUGCACCUAAAUGGCAGGAUGCUCCAUGCUGUCCUAAUGGACUUUAAAGCCUAGUAUUUCUAGGACCACAUAGAACAUUGCAAGGGUGGUAAGGGCUUAUAUCAACCCAUGAGUGUUCCAAUUAAUAAAAUUACAGGAGCACAUUCUGGUCUUGACCAGGAUGUGAUUUGCAUGAAAAAGUUAAAAUUCAUCAUGCAGCAGUUAUUGUUUUUUCCACUUGGUAUAAACAAUGUACAGUGACAAAAUAUUUUUUUUAAUGUAAUAUCAUAUUUCCCAAAUAGAAAUGUGAUGUCUCCAGUGUGCUGUGCCGGCUGGUUACUGCUAUCUUACCAGUCCGAACCAUCCAAGCACUAUCAAAACGUGUUGAAUUGGUAGUUUGUUGGACUUAAUAAGAGAUUUAUUUAUUUUCUCGGUCUUAUUUUAACAAAAGGUCCUAGAGCUUCUUCUUCUUCCCUAUGUACCCUUUGAUAAUGUAUCCCUGCCUGAAUAAGUUUAACCAUCCCAGUAUUCAGGGAUAUGUGUCAUCAGGUCAGUGGAGGGCUGGCAACAUUUGGCUGUGGGAACCAGGCUUAAAUCAAUGGACUUUUUAUGGAUAUUAAACUCACAAAUCCCAGUAUAGAUGGUCACAUAGAGCAAGCAAUAUAAAUAGGUUUAAGAGAUGGAGGUUGCUGAAGUUGUGAGGUGUAACAUCAUUUAUCCACAUCCAUCACUGUGACCCGCACACAGAAACCUGUACAGUACAAACUGUUUGGUGUGACUCCAUUGUCAUUUAACAUGUGUUAAGAAUGUCAUGAGCACUGUCUCAUAUCACCAUGUGGUCACUAGUAAACACUUCUUUGGACAUCUUACACACUCAUCAUAAUGGCAACCUGGCUAACACCAGAUACGUCAUUCCACUAGAAAAUAUUCCAGUGGGCCAGUCUAGGCUUGGCGAUUGGUGGAAUUGCAAGGCCACUAGCACAUUUAUAAAUCCACAUAUUGCUGGGCCAAUAAAGGCCCAUCACAAUUCCUGUCUUCUGCUUCACUCCAAAACAACCCCUGCUGUUUAAUCUGCAGAGGCAUAGUAUGAAGCGGAAGUCACAAAUCAUAUUAAUCUAGAGCAAGUAUGUCAAACUCAAAGGCUAACACGGGCCAAAUAAACAAGGUUUAAGUUUAGGUAUAAACUUCAGCUUUCAUAGAAACGUAGGUUUAUUUAGAAAAGUACAGUAUAAAAAAAGUUGCCUAACUGACGUCAUUACGCUCGUAGGACUUCAAAGUAAAUAAAAGAGCGGAUUUAUUUUAAGCAGACGUGCAUUUUCAUAUAACCAAUGUUUCAGUCCAACUAUUAUUAUUAUUAUUUUAUUUUAUUAAUUAUAUAGUGCCAGCAAAUUCCGUAGCGCUGUACAAUUAUUAUUAUUAUUACUGGUAUUUAUAUAGCGCCAGCAUAUUCCGUGGCGUUUUACAAUAUUAUGAAAGGGGGAGAUUUAGCAAUAAAUGAGACAAUUACAAAACUACCUUGCCAUAUUAAGAAACGUUUGGUAAUGUGACUGAAAUGGUGAAUGUAUGCUGUUGCACAGCUGUAAAAAACAAAUGAUGUUAUCUUGUUGUUUUUGAAGUCCUAUGAGUGUGUUCUUCACUUUGGCUGAAAUCAUCAAACCUUAUGAUCUCAGCCAAUCUAAUACUUUCCCAUAGGCUAUUGUGCAUGUGGGGCAAAAAGCUGCAUGGCCAAUCAGCAUCUCCAUGGGGAGCGUUUAGCUCCUCCAUGCAGACCCAAUCUAAUACACUGCCCCUUCCCCCAUUUCAAUACACUGCCCACAAAUCCAAUACAUUGCCCCCAGAUCCAAUACACUGUCCCCCCUCCACUCUAAUACACUGCCCUUCCACCCAAUAUAAUACACUGUCUCUCAUUCCUCCACUCUAAUUGAAUACACUACCCCCCCUCCAAUUUAAUACGCUGCACCCUCCCUCCACCAAUUUAAUACACUGCCCUCUCCCCAAAUUAACAUACUGCCCUCCCUCCACUCUAAUUUACUGCCCCACUCCCUACCCCAAAAUAAUACACUGCCCCCUCCCUCCCCAAAUUAAAACACUGCCCUUACAGCAUCCCCUCCCCCACUCUAAUACACAGUCCCACUCCCACAAUUUAAUACACUGGCCCCCUCCCUCAAAUUAAUACACUGGCCACCUCCCCAAUUUAAUACACUGGCCCCCUCCCUCCCUCAAAUUAAUACUUUGGCCCCCUGCCUCCCUCAAAUUAAUACACUGCCCCCCUCCCUCCUUAAAUUAAUAUGCUGGCCCCCUUCUUCCCCAAAUUAAUACACUGUCCCCUUCCUUCCCUCAAAUUAAUACACUGGCCCUCUCCCUCACCAAAUUAAUACACUGGCCCCCUCCUUCCCCCAAUUUAAUACACUGGUCUCUUCCCAAUUUAACACACUGCCCCCCUCCCACCACUCUAAUACACUGCCCCACUCCCUCCCCUAAAUGAAUACACUGGUUCCCCUCCCCAGUUUAAUACUCUGGCCCCCUCCCUCCCUCAAAUUAAUACGCUGGCCCCCUCAUUUAUUCAAAUUAAUACACUUCCCCCCUCCCUCCCCAAAUUAAUACACUGGCCCCCACCUUUCCCCAAAUUAAUACACUGCGCCCUGUCUCCCUCAAAUUAAAACAUUGCCCCCUCUCCCCCAAAUUAAUACACCCUCCUCCCCUCCCCCCUAUUUAAUACACUGCACUCCCUCCUCAAUUUAACACAUUACACAGGAAGGUCCGCCAAGCCCCUCUUCUCCUACCUUAAGAUGAGCCAUCCGUCCUCCAUUUCCAGCCCUGCUCUUCUCUGUUCAAGCAGGCCAAAAACUCCUUUCACACUGCGAGCAGGAGGGAAGGGCAGUGGCUGGCCUGCUCUGCAGACAGACAAAUACUCUGCGCUCUUGUGGCCAUGGAAGGGAAGACAAGAAUCAGACACAACACAAAGCAGCCCCAGGGCAGGCGGGCCGCAAAUAUAUUCACUGUGGGCCGCAAGUUUGACAUUCUUGUUCUAGAAGAUUGGGGGAAAUUACCCCAGUGCUCCCCUUGCCAACUCUCCCAUGCAACAAGUUUUCUUUUACUUUGGAUGAGUUUUGCAAGCUCUGAGAAAAAAGGCAUUCUUUUUGUAUCAGGUCUACAUAUCUAUUCUGUAAUGUAUUUGUUAUUAUGGUUUACCCUAAUUAUUGCUCUGUUUUGCAGGCUCCGUCUCUUAGUUAAUGAAGGUCAUGAAGACAGAAUUGUUAUCGCACAUGACAUCCACACCAAGAACAGACUGACUAAAUAUGGCGGUCAUGGUUACUCACACAUACUGCUGAACAUCGUUCCAAAGAUGUUGCUCAGAGGAAUAUCCCAAAAAAGCAUCGACAAGAUAUUACUGGAAAAUCCCAAAAGGUGGCUGACAUUUAAAUAAGAGACCCAUCCAGUUCUAAAAAUAAGCAUGUACAAAUAAUGAUAUGGGUAAAUCUCGACAGCUAUUUCCUCUUAGAAUGUUUAGACAUGCUGUUUACUGAUCUUUAACCAAAUAACGAAAACCGUGUUUUAUUAUAGAAAUAAACACUUCAACAAUCGUCUUUAAAAACGAUUAAUUCAAUUCCUACAGGCGGCUAUGAUCAAGGGUACAUCGAGGCAAGUAAUAAUAAUAAUGCACAACUUGUAGAAAAGCAAAGUGAUUGCAAUUAAAUGACUCCCCUCUGGAACAAUUUGAUGUUCCUUGUAAUAUUGAUGAUGCUUGUAAUUAUCCUGCUGUUCUUUAAUUAAUGUUUGAUACGGAACAUAGCAAUUUAAAUUACUUUCCGGCAAAAGGUUUGGAUUUUGCCUUUGAAAUAUUAUUUUUCUUUUUAAUUUAGGACAUCCUUUGUGUUUUUAGUUACAGUUUGCAUCCACCACCUUUUAAUACAAAUGUAUUGUUCUGUUACUUUUUUGUUAAUAUACAUUGAGGUGGUUGUACAAAUAUGUGGGAUAUUCUGUGAAAACUGAAUUGAAAACUGAAUGGCAAAUUAUAGGCAAAAAUAGCUGAUUUGGAGAAAUUUUCAGUCACAGCUCGAACAUUUUAUCCUUCUUUUAGCCAUUAAUAUUUCAAUUCUUUACAUUUAAAAGUUUAGUAAACAAACCACAGAAUUCUAUACUAAAGUAUGAUUUGGCAGAAUAUUUCAGAUUUUACAGAAAAUUUGCCAAAUUGGAAAAAUCCUCAUUUGUGUUUUCAGUUGGACGUUUUUGGGUUAAAAUUUGAAACUCUUUGAAAUCACUUUGAAUCGAUUCACACUUCAUUGAAUAGCCCUGAAAGUUUAAUCCUCUUGAAAUAACCUGCCUUAUCUAAUUUUCUGAACACACUCAAUUUUUGUAUGAAAAUAAAGUAGUUACCUGGAUGUACUAUAACUCUCUUGUAUGUUUUCAGGGUUAAACAUGUUUUUUUUUUUUUUGUGGGGGGCAGGGUAGGGUUGAUAAUUAUAAUUAAAAUUUUAGAAGCAUUUUAAAUAAUGUUUACUUUUUCUCACAUUCUAAUUGAUUAUAGAGUUAAUUUAUACAAAUAUACCUAAAGGCACUCUACUACAAAACAUGUCUACAAGCAUAUAGUCUAAUAAAUCUUUUUAUACCUUAUGUAAAUUGCCAUUCUAAUAAUUCGAUAACUGAUUUCAUCCUGCUGUGUACUUCUCAUCCGCUGUCACUGCCCAAUUGUAUUUACGGUGUUCACAGACCCUUGAUACGAUCGCACAACAUUUCUUUAAUACACUCUUAGAAUUUCACCAUGAGACACUUGCUCCAGUGCCAACAUACAAAUUUCAUUCUGCUGGUCCUUGUUUUGGCUACAGGGCUGAUAGUUUGUGAUAAUGAAGCAUUAUAUAGUGUAAAAACAGGAUUAUGUCAAAACAUGGUUACAUAGAAUAUAUCUAAUGUUUAUCCUUUAUGAUAAAUGUCUUUGUUAUGUCCGGGAGAGCCAUAUCAUGCUUAUGAAAGCGCUGUACUGAUCUGUGGCUGGCCUUUAAUGAGUCUGAAGGAUUAUGGAUGUGUGUUUUCAUGUAUGAAAAUAAAGCCUUUUAAUAAAGUACAAAUCCAUUCAUUUACCAAAGGCAUUAGUUAAUGAUCCAGUAAAAUGUAGGAUGCUCGGUGGUAGAAGGAUGAGUGUUUUACUUGAAUUAACUUAAAGUACAAACAGAUUUUCCAUUUUUAAAACUAUACCCAAUUGUCUCCAUUUGAAGGCAAUUUGGACUCACGAAUGUCAACUCCCUGGCUACCGAAAAGAAAAUAAUUAGAUGGGGGUUUAUGUAUUGAUUUAUUGUUACAGUGCACAUUUUCACCACUUCAUUACUUGUUCGUUUUUCUUUUUAUAGUCUCAUCCAAGUUAGAUUUUGUAGGUGGCCAGGUUAAAUCAGUAUUCAGUGUUAUUCUGUUCAAACCUGAAAGCAGAACUGACAAUACACUGUAAGAUAAAAUAUUACAUAUCACCUAUAACUUGUGUUAACCUUUUCUUGUGUGAUGCUCUAUUUUAUUUUAAAUUUACAAUAAAAUGUUGCAGUUGAUUUUACAAUUCAGUUAAAUCCAAGCACAGACAAGAAACGUUGCAUUGGAGGAGGAGAAACAAACUUUGGAGGAAAUUUAUUAAGGUGUUGACAACACAUUUACAUCUAAUUUUUAACUCAGCUGAUUAAAUCUGUCUGUUUAUUUUUCAUCUGUUGCUUCUAUUAUACCUUAACCGUAAUUUCUUAAUAUAUGCUCUUUUUUUUGGUGACGUAAUGGAUUAUCAAUCUUUCUGACCCUCUCCGACAUAAAAAUGCUGAAUUUGUAGGUCACUUUCAGAACACUUUAAUAAAUACAAUUAAAAUAAUGAUGGGAUUUUACAUUACAUUUUAAGACCUCAUUCACUUACUAUUAGUGAUGUCCCUAACUGUUCAACGAACUGUUCGCCACGGUUCGCCACGAACGGUUCGCCGCGAACUCCGGUCAGCAGACACAUUCCAGCCAAUCAGUAGCAGACCCUCCCUCCCAGACCCUCCCACCUCCUGGACAGCUCACUAAGAAUGCAGCUUCAAAAUGGAUGCUGUCCAGGAGUUGGGAGGGUCUGGGAGGGAGGGUCUGCUGCUGAUUGGCUGGAAUGUGUCUGCUGACCGGAGUUCGCGGUGAACCGUUCGUGGCGAACAGUUCGGCGAACAGUUCGGGACAUCACUACUUACUAUGUCUUCUCCAGGUCACAAAUGAUCUGUGUCUACAUGAAAAUAUUUGAUGCACGUAGUGAGGAUGUCUUAAAACUGACUGGCACCAUACAAAAAAUUCUGAAAAAUUACAGUUCACAAUUAAUUUGGCAAAACAUUUAAGUCUUAUUCCAAAAUUUGUGGCUCGGUUGAGGUUUUAGUACCGUAUAUGAUUGUUAAUGGUAUAUUUUAUUUUAAAAACAAAACAAACAUCCAUGAAACAAACAACACAUGUACUGCCAAAUGUCAAUUUUGUCUAAAUUAUAAUUGUAUUUUUUUUUUUUAAUUCAAACCUUGUUAUCACAGACAUUAUUCGAUAUCAUCGGGCCUCAUGCUUCGGCACCUGAAUGCGUGAUUUUCGGGUUAUAUCCAACCUUGUUCUCAACAGGGCAGAGUAAGGUGAUCAGUGUUAUUUUCUCAGCUGUAAAAUCUUUAAUAAUUUGUGAAAUCUAUCUUAGUCCUGGCCCUACCACAAGUUAUUACCCUCCGAAAAGAAAUCAAUUAGAAUAAAUGGAUUCUAUACAGUGAUUUCCUUGAAGACCUAUGAUGGAACAUAGUGACAUAUCUGUUUAAAUGUCUCUACUACUGGGGCUAUAACUUCAGUUGUGUAAGACCCAGGCAGCAGUCGGGAGUCGGAGUUAACAGGUUGGUAGAAGUUUUCAACCUUGGUACGUACCCCAUUGAAGAACACUAUCUGCAAAUUAGAAAUGUUAUAAUGUGCUGAGUGAGGAACUGUUGGUCCAUAUAAUCAUUUCUGUUUUGUAAUGUAUUUUAUUUACUGUACUGAUGCAACUGACUCAAUUGUUAAUAUGCCAACAUGCUGGUUAUAACGUGCCAAUAAUUAUAUGAAUGCCAUUGUUAACUUUCUGAAACUCUCAAUAAACAGAUUGUUACAAAUAAAACCUUGUCAUACUUUUACAACAAAUUUAGCAGAUUCUAAAC